AUGCACAACACAGAGGAUGUGAGGAGAUCGAUUGUCGACGAGCUUCUGCAACACUCGAGGCCACAGCCAGAGCAUUCAGUGUUAGAGGACAUCCUCGAGCUCUGUGAGAGAGGGGAAGUUACAGAGAAAGAGCUUUCCUACACGAGUAUACUGCGCGCCAUCUGUGGCAAGGUCAGGUUGUAUCAUAAGACGAAAUGGUGGAAGUGA